AUGACGAGAAAGAAAAUUCAGAUGAAGAGGAUCGACAACACCACAGCACGGCAAGUGACUUUCUCUGAGAGGAGGAAGUGCAUAUUUAAAAAGGCUCUGGAGCUCUCAACUCUCUGCGAGGCUGAAAUAGCGCUCAUUGUCAUAAGGGCUACCGGAAAGCUCUUUGAUUAUGGCAGCCCAAGUGGUAGUGGGGCAACAAGCUUCGUGGAGGCUACGACUGAGGUUCACGGUUUGCUAAUGGGCUGGCCAGGUGGUGCUUGGUGGUUCUUGGCACAGGGUGGCAGCGUUGUGCGGAAGUGUUGGCAGUGGGGCUAUCUCACAGUGGGUCAUCUCAAUGCAUCUGGUGGCUGGCAGUGGCCACUGCACAGUACGACAAGAAGAGAGAGAACGUCGUUCAGCACUGAUCUGUUUCAUAAUACAUUAUCAGCACGAGGCUCUGUUGAUUCUGAAGUUAGUGAUCUUCUACUUCAAUUAUAUCUGUGA